AUGGCAGAGGCUUCAGAAGCAUGGCAUGCAGUCAAACCGACUGGUCUUGCUGCCGCUCUUCUCGCUGUCACUAUCAUAUUCACGCCGAUGAUUAUCGUUGUUGUCGGCUUGAGAAUAUGGGUUAGAGUGACGCAUCAUUGCUUCGGACUUGAAGAUUGGCUCAUGUGUAUUGGCGCCACUCUCAACCUGGUGCACAAUGGAGUCGUCAUCUGGGGCAGCUUCACUGGGAUAGGGACACCCGACUCCAAGCUUAACACUGCUAUGGCUGUGACGUUUUGGCAGAUCUUCUACAUCAGCAACUCCUUGUUUAUCAAGAUAUCCAUCUGCGCCCAGCUCCUGCGUGUCACGGAUAACAAGAGAAUUAAAGUUUUUCUCUGGGGCUUGAUAUCUUUGACAGUUCUCAUUACGCUAGUAGCAGGAAUUAUCGGCCUAGUCAGAUGCAGACCUCUAAGCGCAUCAUGGGAUCCAAGCACAGGAACAUGUAUGGAUCAAGGUAUACUGUCAGUACUGACAUACGUUGUGUCGGGGAUCAACAUCGUGGUCGACUGGUCUGUUGCUAUAUUACCAGUGAUCAUUCUGUGGAAUGUCCAAAUGCAUAGGACGUUGAAGAUCAUGGCCAACGUGGUUAUGGGUAUUGGCGCAUUGGCAUCAGUGGCAACUAUUGUUCGACUUCCAUACUCUCCCGCAUACUCUCAGCCUGCUAAUCAACUCCACGGUAUCGGAAACAUCAUCCUCUGGACAGUAGUGGAAUGCAGUCUUGGCAUCAUCGCCGGAUCGAUGCCCAUGCUUCGAAAGCUCUUCAAGGCGCUACGAAAAGACGACAGUUCAUAUGCCAGAGGGACCGACGAUGUAAACCUCGUGACGAUUGGCCAGGUUCGUGGGAAGCACCAUCCGAUCUAUGACGGAGAUGUCAGAGCUACUGUUGCUGCGGGCGAAGAUCGGGAGAGUGAUAGGGAUGACGAGAGCACGAGGCAGAUAAUCAGGGUCACAAAAGAGUUUGAGCAGGUAUCAGUCAUAGAAACGCCUCCUUCUUGA